AUGGCAGUGGAAGGGUCAACCAUCACUAGCCGGCUCAAGAACCUGCUGCGAUCCCCAUCCAUCAAAUUACGCAGGAGCAAGGCAGGCAACCGGCGAGAGGACCUCAGCUCCAAGGUGACCUUGGAAAAGGUGCUUGGAAUAACAGUGUCUGGAGGCAGAGGACUUGCCUGUGACCCCCGGUCUGGUUUAGUUGCCUACCCAGCUGGGUGUGUGGUCGUGCUGUUCAACCCCCGGAAACACAAACAGCACCACAUCCUCAACAGUUCCAGGAAAACCAUCACUGCUCUUGCCUUCUCCCCUGAUGGCAAGUACUUGGUCACUGGAGAGAGUGGGCACAUGCCAGCAGUGCGGGUUUGGGACGUGGCUGAGCGUAGCCAGGUGGCAGAGCUGCAAGAGCAUAAGUAUGGUGUGGCUUGCGUGGCCUUUUCCCCUAGCGCCAAGUACAUUGUCUCCGUGGGCUACCAACACGACAUGAUCGUCAACGUCUGGGCCUGGAAGAAAAACAUUGUGGUGGCCUCCAAUAAGGUGUCCAGUCGGGUGACAGCCGUGUCCUUCUCUGAAGAUUGCAGCUACUUUGUCACUGCAGGGAACCGACACAUCAAAUUCUGGUACCUUGAUGACAGUAAGACCUCAAAGGUCAAUGCCACUGUGCCCCUGCUGGGCCGCUCAGGGCUGCUGGGGGAGCUACGGAACAACCUGUUCACUGAUGUGGCCUGUGGCCGAGGGAAGAAAGCAGACAGUACCUUCUGCAUCACAUCCUCAGGACUGCUGUGCGAGUUCAGUGACCGGAGGCUUCUGGAUAAGUGGGUGGAGCUGAGAACCACCGUGGCCUACUGCAUCUCUGUGAGCCAAGACUACAUCUUCUGUGGCUGUGCUGAUGGCACCGUGCGCCUCUUCAACCCCUCUAACCUGCACUUUCUCAGCACCCUGCCCCGGCCCCAUGCCUUGGGGACAGACAUUGCCAGUGUCACUGAGGCCAGUCGCCUCUUCUCUGGAGCAGCCAAUGCCAGGUAUCCAGACACCAUUGCCUUGACCUUUGAUCCCACCAAUCAGUGGCUGUCUUGUGUAUACAACGACCACAGCAUUUAUGUCUGGGAUGUGAGGGACCCCAAGAAAGUGGGCAAGGUGUACUCGGCUCUGUAUCAUUCCUCCUGCGUCUGGAGUGUAGAGGUCUACCCAGAAGUGAAGGACAGCAACCAAGCCUGCCUCCCCCCCAGUUCCUUCAUCACCUGUUCCUCAGACAACACCAUCCGCCUGUGGAACACCGAGAGCUCCGGCGUGCAUGGCUCCACCCUGCACCGCAAUAUCCUCAGCCAUGACCUCAUUAAGAUCAUCUAUGUGGAUGGGAACACUCAGGCCCUGCUGGACACUGAGCUGCCUGGAGGAGACAAAGCUGAUGGGUCCCUGAUGGACCCCCGUGUGGGCAUCCGUUCUGUGUGCAUCAGCCCAAACGGACAGCAUCUAGCUUCGGGGGACCGUAUGGGCACGCUCAGGGUGCACGAGCUGCAGUCGCUCAGUGAGAUGCUGAAGGUGGAGGCCCAUGACUCAGAAAUUCUGUGCCUGGAGUACUCUAAGCCAGACACAGGUCUGAAGCUGCUAGCGUCAGCGAGCCGGGACAGGCUGAUCCAUGUACUGGAUGCUGGACGGGAGUAUAGCCUACAGCAGACUUUGGACGAGCACUCGUCCUCCAUCACUGCUGUCAAAUUUGCAGCCAGUGAUGGGCAAGUCCGCAUGAUCAGCUGUGGAGCAGACAAGAGCAUCUACUUCCGCACUGCACAGAAGUCUGGAGAUGGAGUCCAGUUUACACGGACACACCACGUGGUACGGAAGACGACCCUCUAUGACAUGGACGUGGAGCCCAGCUGGAAGUACACGGCUAUUGGCUGCCAGGACCGAAAUAUUCGGAUCUUUAACAUCAGCAGCGGGAAGCAGAAGAAGCUGUAUAAAGGGUCGCAGGGUGAGGAUGGCACCCUGAUUAAGGUGCAGACAGACCCCUCAGGGAUCUACAUUGCCACCAGCUGUUCUGACAAGAACCUCUCCAUUUUUGACUUCUCCUCAGGCGAGUGUGUGGCCACCAUGUUUGGCCACUCAGAGAUUGUCACUGGCAUGAAAUUUAGCAAUGACUGCAAGCAUCUCAUCUCUGUGUCAGGGGACAGCUGCAUAUUUGUGUGGCGCCUGAGCUCUGAGAUGACCAUCAGCAUGAGGCAGCGUCUCGCUGAGCUACGCCAGCGGCAGCGAGGGGUCAAGCAGCAAGGACCAUCCUCUCCCCAAAGGGCGGCUGGACCCAGUCGGCACGAGGCCCCAUCGAUGCUCUCUUCUGGACCAGCUCUCUCAUCAGACAGUGACAAGGAGGGAGAAGAUGAGUGCACUGAAGAAGAAGAACUUCCAGCUCUGCCCAUCCUUGCCAAGGGCACCAAGAAAGAACCAGCCUUGGUGCCCAGCCCAGCCCUGCCCCGAAGCCUGUCCCACUGGGAAAUGAGUCGGGCACAAGAGACAGUGGAGUUCCUGGGUCCAGUUCCUGCAGCCAACCAAGGACCCAGGAGAAGGGGGCGCUGGGCUCAGUCAGGCGCGGAGCUGAGCGUUCGCUCCAUGUUGGACUUGCGGCAGCUGGAGACACUGGCUCCAAGCUCUAGGGCUCCUAGCAGGGACUCUCUGGCCAGGACCUCAUCUGGUUCUGGGAAGCAUGGUCAGCAGGCCCCUGAAACCUUACAGAAUGAAAAGUCCUCUCAGCCUUACCCUUCCCAACCCUGUUCCUGCCCCCACAUUAUCCGGUUGUUGUCCCAAGAGGAAGGGGUCUUUCCCCAAGAUUUGGAGCCAACACCCACCGAAGAUGGUAUUGUCUACCCGGAGCCGAGUGACAGCCCCACCCUGGAUACCAGUGAGUUCCAGGUGCAGGCACCAGCUCGAGGGACCGUGGGAAGAGUGUAUCCAGGCAACAGGGGCUCAGAGAAGCACAGCCCUGACAGUGCCUGCUCUGUGGAUUAUAGCAGCAGCCGCCUUUCCAGCCCUGAGCACCCCAAUGAAGACUCUGAAAGCACGGAGCCCCUGAGUGUGGAUGGCAUUUCCUCAGACCUCGAAGAGCCAGCUGAGGGCGAGGACGAAGAGGAGGAAGAGGAGGGAGGCGCUGGUCCCUAUGAGCUGCAGGAAGGCAGCCCCUGUACCCCGGACCAGGAGCAGUUUCUAAAACAGCACUUUGAGACUCUGGCCAAUGGGGCUGCUCCAGGGGGCCCAGUCCGGGUACCAGAGAGGACAGAGUCUCAGAGCAUCUCUUCACGAUUCCUUUUGCAAGUGCUGACGCCCCCACUCAGGGAACCGUCCCCGUCUUCCUCAAGCCUGGCACUGACAUUGCAGCCAGUCCAGGUGCCGCAGGCUUCUGGUGAGCAGCUGAGAGGCAAUGGUGCUAAUCCUCCAGGAGCACCCCCCGAGGUGGAGCCCUCCCCUAGACACCCCAGUCCGCAGGCAGCCCCUGUGCUGUUGCCUCGCCGCCGGGUCAAUGCGGACAGCAGCUGGAUCUCCAAGAGCAUGGCCACAGCCAACCCCUUGUGUGGACUCCAGAAAGCCCCGUCCAUGCAGAGCCUGGCGCCACAGGGUGGGGCUCUUCUGCCAGGCCCAUUGCACUUGCGGGAGAUGGAAGCCCAGGAGGACCUACGUUCCCCGCCCCAGGCUGAUGACCGUCUGUCUCUGUCUCGGCCCCACGCCUACCAGAACCCCACCACCAGUUCCAAGGCCAAGAUAUCCCGCAGCAUCUCUGUUGGGGAGAACCUGGGCCUGGCAGCUGAACCUCAAGCUCCUGCCCCCAUCCGGGUCCCACCACUCAGGCAGCUGGCCCUGCCCAGCCGGGCUCACCUGGUCCUGGACAUUCCAAAGCCGCUGCCUGAUCGUCCUACCUUGGCCACCUUCUCACCUGUUAUCAAGGGCCGGACCCCUAGUGAGGCAGAACAGCCUGGCUCCCCAGGGGGCCCAGGAAAGGCUCACAGUCCAUCUGAGAGACAGGCCUGUUUAGGGGAGGGUACCCCUCCUUGGCCUAGGACCGAGUGCCAGGUUCAACCUGGGUCCUACAGCCCUUGUGCCCAGCACCUGCCGGUCGGCAGCCUCCUCCAAGACUCCGAGAACUUGCAGCCCCCACCCCCUGAGAAGACUCCCAGCCCCAUGGAAUGCACCAGGCCAGGGGCAGCCCUAAGCCAGGCCUCAGAACCAGUGGUGAGCCUGGAGCAGUGCGAGCAGCUUGUGGCAGAGCUCCAGGGCAGUGUGCGCCAGGCUGUGCAGCUCUACCGCUUGGUGGCUAGCUGCAAGACACCCUCGGUGGAGCAAAGUCGCAUCACCCAGCUCCUCAGAAACACCUUCUCUUCAGUGCGGCAGGAGCUAGAGGCCCUGGCCGGGACAGUGCUGCCCAGCCCCGGUGGAAGCCCUGGGGCCGUGGGAGCGGAGCAAACACAGGCCCUGCUAGAGCAAUACUCAGAGCUGCUGCUUCGAGCUGUGGAGCGUCGCAUGGAACGCAGACUUUGA